AUGUGCUCGAUCAUUCCACUCUUGAUUGUCUUCCUGCUUGGUCGACUAGGUCUCGUCAGUGGUGCGAUCUGUGAGACUGUCACUGAUACGUCGUACACGACAGCCACUCGUACGACUGUAGCCUCUACGAUUGUAACUUCCACUUCAAUCGUCCAUAUGGCGGUUUGUAGUACCACUCGAUCUCAUACUACCACCGUCACUAAUCACAGACGAACGGAUAUCUACACGACUAGAACCGUCACACCAACAGUCACACGUACCACAACAAUUGCCACGCAUCUCAUCACAGUGACUUCACCGGGACGAACCGUCUACGUACCCUGUCGAGCACCCCAACCAGGUCGACGAUCAGCAGAGCAAGAUCGACUCUGGGCCGAUGAAAGGGGUCUAUCGAACGCAGAGAGAUUACAACUUGGUUUACCCCUUGCUAAACCCCGUUUCGACAAGAAACAGUCUCCGCAGCCAAGUAAUGGUAAUGGCAGAUUCCCACCUACUGGUGUCAUCAGAGUCGGCCCUAGCUGUACUACCAUUUAUGUUACCAGUACUUCAACUGCAUUUACCACUACUACCCAGACGCCUACUACUGUUGUGACUACUACCAGCUGUGUCUUUACGAUUACUACGGAUACUACCAAUUAUGGCAGGACGACAGUGACCGACACUUCUACUCAUAUACAGACUAGAACCGGAAAACCGACAACUACUACACAGGGCGUAACGUCCACAAGCACUGCAACCGUUUAUACAACUGUCACGAGAACGCUUCCAUGUCCUCCUUGA